AUGACGACCACGACGCACACGAUCACAUGCCACGCGCGCCUGAACGUCCAGGUGUGCCACUCGCGCUCGGCGGGUCUGUGGCCUGCGCGGUGUGCCGAGGGGCCGGCGUUGCUCCUGCCCGCGCCGGCGGCGUCCAAGGCGAUCCCGCGCGAGGGCGGCUCGGUCGAGAUCAAGUGGGACAGCGACGACGAGCUCGGCGAUAUCCUGCGCACGCUCAACCUCGUCCCCGUCCGCUCGCUGUCCAUCCUCCGGCUGCACCCGUCCUCGACGUACGCGAGCGUGCUGACCCACCUGCUCUCGACGCUGUGCGUGCGCAGCCUGCGCACCUUCCCCGAGCUCGAGGACACGCCCGUGCCGAGCUCGUGCGUGCCCGCCUUGGCGGGGUUUCUGUCCUCCCCCCGCUCCACGGGACUGGAGUACCUCGCGCUCGUGCCGGCGCGGUGGACCCUGGCCGACCGCGAGGCUGUCGUGUCCGCAAUAGAGAACAACCCGCGCUCGACGCUCCAGACGCUCGUGCUCCUCGCCGACGCGACGAUACAGGGCUCGACGCUGGCUACGCCGGUCGCCUUCGGCUCCGAGUCGCACGUCACGCGCUGGGGCGACGCGUCGGAGCGCGCGCGGCAGAACGCGCGGCUGGAAUGGAGCAUGGCAAGGAGUAUCUGGGCGCGCAGGGCCGUCGGCGAGGCGGCUAUGGCUGUGCUCGUGCCUGCGCGGACCAUCCUGCGAGCGCGCAAGCGCGAGCCCGACGAGUCGCGAGGUGGGGAGCCUACGCGCGCCACGACGUCCAUCCUCGACCUCCCGCUGGAAAUCACAUACGCGAUCCUCGAGGCCUGCGCCCCGCCAAACGUGCUCAGCGACGCGCAGCACGCGCGCCUGUUUGCGCACGCGAGCGACGAGACCGCGCUCCGCCUGCUCGUGCGCGUGCUCGCCGACGCCGUCGUGCCGGAGAGCAAGCUCUACACGUGGCGCCGCGCGAUGGAGACUUGGCUGGCGGACGGGGGGUUUACGUGGGACCACGGGGUGGUGUUUCCUGUGGGUGGCGUGGCUAAGGCCGUAGAGGAGCGCUCGGUGUAG